AUGAACUACGACGACAAUAAUCGUCACGACCGUACCUCCGCAGCGCCACUGCAUACGUUCCCGCACGUCUUGCGCCAAAACUCCUCCGUCACACCCGGGGUUGACAAUUUGGGCCCUUCUUCGGUCGGCGGCGGUAUCAGUGGAAUCGCCCUCGGCGUCGCCAACAGCCACGAUCGCUUGAGUGGCAUUGACGCAGUGCACGGCAUGGAUCACGAUGGUUUCACCGGCCCUGCCGAGCGCGGGUAUCAUACCACUGGCUCGGACAAUCCAUACAUCCCUUAUAAUCCGAAUUUGAGUAGCGCAGAAUCGCUGCGAGCUGGUCCGUCCUACGGCUCAAGCCUGGCCUUUGGCGGUGCAGGUGCCACCCCCGGCUACCAAACUCCAUCUCAUUCAUCGUUACAUUUGAGCGACACGAGCAGUCAUCAGCGCAGCAUGAUGGAGCAGUUUCCAAGCGGGUAUGGGGGCGGAGGACUGGUCGGUCUGGGACCGUAUCAGCGACACUCACAAUAUAGCUCAGGCCCCGUGCCCGGCGAGAUCAACCCGGAGGAAAUUGCAGAUGAUGACGACGACCUCGAUCCUCGAACGCGGAAUGCGGCCGCGCCCGCGGCGGGCGGGGCAGCUGCCGGUGGUAUGCUAGGGGGACUCUUCCAUCGAAAUGCACAUGCCGACCCCAACUACGGCCCCGUACCCGGCAGCGGGUUAGAGGCCGGAGUCCGCAAUGGCGCAGGGCAGGAGAAAGCUUCCAUACGGGCGGCUGCGUCGAAUCGCAAGAAACGCGGGUUGAUCGCAGGUCUUGUUCUCGCGCUCAUAGUCUUGGGCGCCAUCGUGGGUGGUGCGCUGGGUGGAACAUUAGGCUCACAAAACUCGCACUCAUCAUCAAAUUCCCCUUCGUCCGAUGCUGCGUCCGCGACAAGCGACACUGCUCAGAAUGGAGAUCUCAACAAGGACUCCCAGGAGAUCAAGGCCUUGAUGAACAAUCCUGAUCUCCAUAAGGUUUUCCCGGGCAUGGACUACACUCCUUGGGGAGUGCAGUAUCCUUUGUGCUUAAAGUACCCGCCAUCCCAGAACAAUGUCACGCGCGACAUGGCUGUCCUCUCUCAACUGACAAACACCGUCCGUCUGUAUGGUACCGACUGCAAUCAGACGGAGAUGACCCUGCAUGCCAUUAAACAACUCGAAUUGACCGACAUGAAGCUUUGGCUAGGCGUUUGGAUCGACACCAACAAGACCUCCACCACUCGUCAAUUGAACCAGCUUUACAAAAUCCUCGACGAUACAAAGGACAAAUCCAUCUUCAAGGGAGUCAUUGUGGGCAACGAGGCCCUGUACCGAGCCGGUCCUGACAUCAAGACUGCAGAAAAGGUCUUGAUCAGCUACAUCCAAGACGUGACUGCGGAGCUCAAAAAGCGUAAUCUGAAUGACUUGCUCGUUGCCACGUCCGAUCUGGGUGAUAACUGGAACUCUGAAUUGGUCGACGCGGUCGACGUGGUCAUGUCCAACGUGCAUCCGUUCUUCGCCGGUGUCAAUGUCGACACUGCGGCCGCUUGGACGUGGGACUUUUGGCAAACUCAUGACGUGGUCCUGACCAAAGGGACGUCCAAGAAACAAGUCAUCUCCGAGGUGGGCUGGCCCAGCGGAGGUGGUAAGGAUUGCGGUUCAAGUCCGGUCUGCGAUUCCGAAACGCCCGGUUCUGUGGCUAGCAUCGACAACAUGAAUAAGUUCAUGGGCGACUGGGUUUGUCAGGCUUUGGAGAAUGGCACGGAUUACUUUUGGUUCGAGGCCUUUGAUGAGCCCUGGAAAAUCAUCUACAACACGCCGGGCAAAGAAUGGGAAGACAAGUGGGGUCUUAUGGAUCCCGCGCGCAAAAUCAAGUCGGGGUUGAAGAUUCCAGAUUGCGGCGGCAAGACUGCCUCAUAG